AUGCCUCGAGUCUAUACCUUGAAUGAUGUAGGUAAUAGUGAUGGCAAUAAACUUGGAAGCCUUCCAUCCAAUCGAUAUCCGCCUAGCCGUUUAGAACUUGAAGAACAGCUAAAAAAAGAUCGUGAAAUGUUUAUAAGAUCUGCUAAACAGCUUAUAGCUAAAUAUAAUGCCUUAGAUAAAAAAAAUAAGUGUAUGCAAAAUGAUUUAGAUCACUCGCAUGAAGAAAAUGAGCUUACAGUAAAAGAAAUAGAAUCGUUAAAGUCUACAGUUAAAUCACUGGAAAACGUAAUAUCUUCGAUGCAAAAGGCUUCUUCAAAAGAUUCCGAUAUCAUCUCUCUCAGAACUAAAAUAAAUGAACUAGAGGCUGAGUUAGAACAAACCGCGCAAAGAGUUUUAUUAAAGGAUUCUGAUACUUCCCUGGUGGACCCUCACCCCUCCCUUGAGAAUAGAGGAGGGUUGAUUUUCUGUCUUAGGUCAAGGGUAAGUGAACUAGAGCGCCAAGCCGAAAGAGAUGAACUAGAACAGAUCCCUUUAAAAUCACAUCCGUCAUCUAAUGAUUCAAAAACAGGUGGCGAUGAAGAAGAAGAGGUAUCCAGUUUCUUUGCUGAAGACACUCAGGGCAAGACCCCCUCUUUUUCUUCACACUGCCCAGAACUUGAACCUGAUGAAAGGAAAGUAAAAAAUGAGGUGGAGUCUCCGAUAGAUCACACUGAACAAAAAUCAAAAGAGAAACUCGAUAGUAACCAUCCCACAAUAUCACCCAUUACUACGUCAGGGUCUGGCAAGCUUUGA